AUGGAAAUUUGUCAGGUGGAAUCUAUAAAACGUACAUUAGCAUCCCUCAAUCCAGGUGUUCUUUUAUUGCAGUCCUCUAAUACCAAAGUUUUCGUAGACGCAGUCGAGAAAAAAGGUGCAGAGAUUUGGUGGUGUGACGGCCGUGACGAGGGGCUUUGGAAUCCUAGCCCUCCCACCGACAGCCACCACAAGAUGGCCAUUACCAGACGUGUAUUUCAGCCUAACAUUCUUGACGGUCGCGCUCCUGCGAUCAAUAAACCACUUCCAACACAUCUCAUCCCAGAAAAUGAACUUUCUCAAAGCGAUAUCUCCACUGUUUUCGACCAUCCUCGCCCUCUUGGACUCUCUCCCGGCUUCGACGAGGAUGGCCGAUUGGUGGCAUUAGCCAUCGCGGACGACACACAAUGCAGGAUCAUCGAGUUUCAACAUCCUCGGCGCGGCAAGAAGGCCACUGCUCUCCCAAAGAAUAUCCUCGAUGGGCGACAGAUUCUGCAAGACUCUAUUCUUUGUCGCCCGGUCGGCGAUCUCUUCGCCUUCGACAUGGCCCCUCUCACGAUGUCCAUUUACGGCGACUUGGAUGCCCGCAUCACAAACGCCGUCGACAUCCAGUCAGCAUUCCCUGUUAAGAACCCUGCCGCAGAUCGUAAACCUCUUGUUGCAAUUAAAGCAGCCAUUGGCGAGUCUGACAUUAAGAUACGGGAGGACAACAUCCGCGACCUUUUCUUCUACCCUACGUAUAACGAAGACAACCGCAACCGCGUUAGCGACCUCGCAAUACGAGCAUGGGUCUCCCAGUUCUUGCCAAGCUUCGAAAACGGGGCAGAAACAUUUGAAAAGGUUACUAGGAUUGACACGAAGAAGCUUGAGGGCCCAGCUAUAGAAAUGAUCGGCAAGCUUGCAAACGAUUCCCUGCGUCUUGAUCAGAAGAAGACCACAUAUACGACCCAUAUUGUCACUCAAUCCGUUGAUGCUGCCAGCAGUGAGCUCCGCCUCAGCUCGAACAACUUCAAGACUCGCCUUCGAGGUGAUCGACGUGUUCGCAUGGGUGUUGAAGGGAACCUGGGUGCCUUCACUGUUACUGCAACAAUGGGUGCUGUAUCCGGGCGUUCUGGCAAUGUUAACACCACAAGGAACUUGACUGAUAAGCAGAUCAUGACUGUGACAUCAAUGGGGCGUGAUGACCCAACCACAGCAGAAGCAAAACGGGCACAGUCUAUUCUCCAGUAUCUCCAGGGCAAUCAAAACUUUGGUCCCUGGGUGCAGAACAUCUGGUUCCCCACUGGUGAUGAUUCCCCUCUUGUUUGGCCUGAAGAAUGGACAACUCAGAAUUCCAACUCCAAACCUCAGACCUUCAAACCUCAAAACUCCAAACAGAAGAAGGAAGGGCUGAACCAGCCUCAGCGUACUCUCAAUCCAUCUCAGCAAAAGGCUGUUAACACCAUGCUCUCAGCACAGGAUGAUCAUCAUAUUGUCCUUGUUCAAGGUCCACCUGGUACAGGAAAAACUUCUGUGAUCUCAACCUUUGUCCAGUUUGCAGUCAACAUCUUCAACAAGAAAGGCAUCUGGCUUGUUGCACAAUCCAAUGUUGCAGUCAAGAACAUUGCAGAGAGGCUCAUCAAGGAUGGCUUUGAGAAAUGGAAGCUUCUUGUCUCAAAGGAUUUCCACUAUGACUGGCAUGAACAUCUCUAUGCUGCUGAGAUUGGCAAACACCUUAUUCGCUCUGAUGAGUUUCACAUAGCAUCCAACAAAGCCAAUCUUCAAGGUGUUCAUGUCAUUCUCUGCACCCUCAGUAUGCUAUCUCAUUUCAGUAUUACCAAAUUCACAAAAGAGGUUCCUCUGGAGAUUCUAGUGGUGGAUGAAGCAAGUCAGAUUGAAAUUGGAGGUUAUUUCUCAGUUUUCUCCAAGUCUAUAUCUUUGAGAAAAACCUGUUUUAUUGGAGAUGAUAAACAAUUGCCACCUCAUGGUCAGGAAGACCUCAAGAACCUUCAAAGCAUUUUUGAAGUAGACCAUCUACAAAAAUAUGUUGUAUUUCUUGAUAUUCAAUACCGGAUGCCUCCUCAGAUUGGAAACAUUAUAUCUGAGGCUGUCUAUGACAACAAACUAAAUUCUAAUCCAGCACAUCCUGUUUCUGACUCUGUCAAGACUUGCUACUUUAUUGAUGCCUCUGGAAGAGAGCAACCUCAGCCAGAUGGAUCAUUUAAAUAUUACAACUUGCACAAAAGCUUGAAGAACAAGAAAAAAGUUACAGAAUCAUUACACCUUAUGAAGGGCAACGUGGAAAUAUUGAAGCUAUGA